AUUGCGCAGACGAGAAAGCGGUUCCGCUAUGUAGAUAACAAGUCCCAUCAGACUAACAUGAAGUCUGAGAGCUGUUCGGGGGGGCUACAGGUGCCCGUUGGGCCUGGAUAAAUAUAAGCUGUGCAGUUCCUCUGUGCAGACCUCAGGAGGGACAUCCAGCUAAACACCUGAAAAUAUCUGACGAUGGCCUCGCUCAAGAUCGCUCUGCUUCUCGCUGUUUGCCUUGAAGGCUGUGCUCUGGCUUCAGCUUUUAAUGUUGACGCUGUGCAAAGUGUUCCUGACAACCUGAGAGCAACUGGGGACAUCUGCCAGGACUGCACUCAAAUAUUUCAACUCCUUGCUGACAUGAUGUCCAAUGCAGACUUUCAGAAAAAGAUCAUGGAUGGCAUUGAACAUGUGUGUGACCUCCUGCCUGGGCCAGCUACCACUGCCAAACUCUGCAAAGAGGAGGUGGAGAAGAUGCUCCCAGUGGCCAUCAACUUGCUUGUUGGUUUUAUGAAACCAGCAGAGGUCUGCAAAGUGAUCGGUCUCUGUGGCUCCCGUGACGAGCAGGAGAAGAUGCUCAGCGUUUUGGUCAAGGAAGCCCUUCAGGUUGCUGUGACUAAUGAAAAUGGGAAGCCCAAAGCAACAUGCCCCAUCUGCCUUUUGCUCAUCAAGACUUUGGAGGAAAUGCUGCCAAAAGACAGGACUGAGGAUGCUGUGAUCAAGCUGCUGGAUGAGAUCUGUCAUUUAUUGCCCUCCAAGUUCCGACAUCAGUGUGAGGACAUCAUUGGCAAGUUCAGCAAGAGUGUACUGGAUGCAAUUGUGAGCGCCGCCACCCCUCAGGCCAUCUGUGCCCUGCUCCAAAUGUGUAGCGGGCAGGAGGCUCCUCUUGUGGACCCUUGCACUCUGGCAACCUACAGGUGCAGCGACAUGGAGACUGCCAUCAAAUGUGGAACUGUGUUCUACUGUCAGAAAUUUGCCUGGAAGCGUUACAACGUUCUUUAAAUAGUUGAAGAUUCGACUCUAUGUUCACAUGGACGACCAAGAUCUUUCUCAAGCAGGCUGCAAAUAUUUCUCUUACUGCUUGGCCCCUGUGCCAUUCUCUAUGAUAAAAAAAAAAUGUCCAGACACUGAUCGAUAGCUUACUGCAUUGCCUGCACUGUGAAGAAAACCAGGACCUAGCUUGACAAAAUAUCAUAAACAAAAAGGUGACCAGAAUGGAAACAGGAUUAAAGUACUCUCAGACAGAUACAAAGCUCAACUCGAGGAACAGAAAGUUGUACAUUUAUUAAAAAAAAUAAUUAAAGGUUUUCACAAAUAUUCAGUUUACUUGACAAGAUGUUUGUACUAAUCUUUGUUCUGUACAGUUUCAUUGCUUCGUCUGAUGCUUAGUUUGUUUACGUAAUCCUUCAUACAGUCAGAUGAUCCCAGGAGAAUUAUCUGAAUAAAUGUUUAGUAAAAAUCACUUGAUUCUUCUUCUCUUCUGCCAAUAAAACAGCUUUAUGUGUUGUGAA